CUCUCUCCAUCCCUCUCUCCCGUCAGUGUGGGCGGGCCCCGCUCAGAAGAGAGCGAGCGAAACACGACACCCCGAGGACGGAGAGAGGCACGGGGGGGAGGAGAGAGUAGCACUGAGUGGUGUGAGAGUGAGUGGAGGACUAAAAAAAGUCCGUAAAGAAAGAGAGGUUCCUCUCCAACGUUAAUUUCUGUCAAAGAAGUAACGAGGCAUUGCGACGGAGAGAUGUCAAACAGCGGCGAAGAUGCGGUUGAGACGGAGUAAACAGCUACCGGACAGUUAGCAAAAGAACUUGUUAGAGGAGAACGAGAGGCUUUUUUUCCGGCUGGCUCGAGUCGGGACGGUUGGCCGUUUUUCCGCCGCAACUUGAACAGGUUUCAACGCUGCUAGUUACGGGACGAGAGGCGAGGACCAGGCAACGAGGUCUUGACCGUUUGGCUCGGUGGAAAAGCGAGCCCGUCGGUCGGUUUGGUCGGUUGGCGGAGAGCCGGAGGAGUGAAACGGACCAAGAGAGCGCGGCGGCGGCACGAGAAGAAGAGAGGGAGCCGCUGAAGCCUUAACGACAAAAGUUUGCCGUGUGUCUUCACCUAGUUUUCCAGAUUGGGAACUAGAGGCAAAGGAAGAGGCCGAGAGACUGACUUUUUUCCACAACCAACUUUGUGGAAUUCAUCCAGUUUAGAGAACUUUAGCCACUUGCUGUUUGGGUAAAGUAGCUAAAGCUGAAAGCAUGAAAACACCUGGGGAUUCUGGGUUUGCCUUUCCAGAAUGGGCUUACAAGCCCGAGUCAAGCCCCGGGUCCAGGCAGAUCCAGCUGUGGCACUUCAUCCUGGAACUGCUUAGGAAAGAGGAGUACCACGACGUCAUUGCCUGGCAGGGGGACUAUGGCGAGUUUGUCAUCAAGGACCCAGACGAGGUGGCCCGGCUGUGGGGGGCGAGGAAGUGUAAACCCCAGAUGAACUAUGAUAAACUGAGCAGGGCGCUGAGAUACUACUACAACAAAAGGAUCCUUCAUAAGACCAAAGGCAAGAGGUUCACUUACAAGUUCAACUUCAACAAGCUGGUUUUGGUCAACUACCCCUUCAUCGACAUGGGCUCCACUGGGAGCAGUGUUCCUCAGAGCGCCCCUCCUGUCCCCACCGGCGCGGGGACCCAUUUCCGGUUCCCUCCUUCGACGCCCUCCGAAGUCCUCUCCCCCAACGAGGACCUGCGCAGCCCUGGUGGCAUGUUCAGCUCCGUGGCCCGGCGAAUGGCGCGUGGCUCAGUCAGCGACUGCAGCGACGGCACCUCGGUCAACUCUGAGAUCGAGGAGGGCAACACGGGAGCUGGAGAGGAAAGGGGAGAGAGGGGUGUGAGCGGAGGAGGUGGAGGAGGGCCUGGAGGUGGAGGAGGUGGAGGAUACCGGAGUAUCAUCCAUCCCCGUCUGUCUCAUGAAACUCUGUUCCGCAUGUACGGAGGACCAGGCAACCCGGCCAGCCAUCCGGGCUCCCGUGGCCCUGCAGGGCACCGGAUCCACCCAGAGCCUCUGUCCCCCUUCCCCGUGUCCCCUCUGCCGGGGCCGGGAGGAGCCGGCCUCCUAGCUCCUCCUCUGUCCCCAGCGCUGUCCAUGACCCCCACAUCUCACCUAACCUACACUCCCUCACCCACCCUGUCCCCCAUGUUAGGCUCCCACUUUUCCUUCAACCCGGAGGACAUGAAGCGCUACCUGCAGGCCCAUACCCAGUCGGUGUACAACUACGGCCUCAGCCCCAGAGCUUUCCUCCAGUAUCCCAACAUCGUCAUCCCUCAGCCCCACCGGCCCGCCGCAGACAAGGCCGGUCUGAGCGGAGAAAGAGGGGCAGCCGAGAGGGCAGAAAGAGCAGUGACGGCAGGCGGAGGAGAGAGGGGAGGGGACCGCCACCACCAUCCACCUCUGGCUCACUCUGCCCACCACCACCCGCACCCACCUCACUCUGCCCACCCCCAUCCCCAUUCCCACCCCAUGCAUCACCCACUCCACCUGGGUGAGGAGCCUCCACACAUGUCUCCCUUCAAGUUCAAACUGCAGCCACCACCACUGGGAAGGAAGCAGAGGGAAACUCAAAGCCAGAGCAAACCCAGGCAAAGCUCACUGUCCUCAGGCUCAGGAUCCAUGUCGUCUACCUCCGGCCUGGGAUCCUCGCUGUCGUUCGGCAGUGACCUGAGCUCAGCCAGCGGCUCAGGCCUCAUCUCUGCCUCCUCCUCAACGCAGUCUCUUAACAGUGCAGGACUUCCCAAAAUAAAGGUGGAGCCUAUCUCUGACAUAGAGUCAGAGGAAGAGGUGGAGGUGACCGACAUUAGUGAUGAGGACCCAGAUGAAAGAGAUGAAGAAUUUCAGCUCUUCUCCCCUCGCCACUCCAGAGUCCUUGAUCGCCACCAUCACCACCACCACCACCACCACGUUGCUAACGGCACAGCCGCACCCCAACAUCAAGCCCAUCCCGAUGAGGACCUGGAUGAGGACGUCUUCAAAGCCCCUGCUCCACCUCCACCUGGCCUGAUGCCCUUUUUUACCUCACAGCACUCCAACUCCCACCGUGGGCUGCCCACCCUUAAGAGUGAACCGGCCGAGCCAGGGGACAGCAAUACGCCCCCGCCUCAGACGGGAGGAGCUCCCCAGACCAAGUGCAUCCCCCUGAAGCUGCGCUUCAAAAGGCGCUGGAGCGAAGACCAGCGCAUGGAGGCCUCGCAGGAGGAAUCGGACGACAAGAAAGUACGACCAGAGGAGGAGAGGGAAAGAGAGAGGCAAAGUAACGGACGGAUGGAGAUGGAGGAGGACGGGACAGGCAGCGGAGAAGGGGACAGCCCUCCCCCGUUGGCGUAUGAGGGCUCUUUAGCCACACCGUUGGCCUCGAAUCGGAGGGUGAGCGCAGAGCUGCAUCGUGCCACUGCACAGCUGUCCCUGGAGAACAAAGACUGCUGAUGAGAGACACGGCCCAAACACUACUGCUCCAGUAGCGCGGGAGGUGGUACAGGAGUAUGUAAAUGGUUCCUCUGUAAACCCUCUCCCACACUGACAAACUAGAUUCCUGAAACCUCCAGUGAACUGAGAGCACAGUCCAACAUACACACACAUAAAACCAACACCUCAAAGACAGCCCGACUCUUGUUUUGUCAGGACCCCCACCAAUGAUCUGUCUGGAUCAGGGCACUUCUGGGACACAUCCUUUGGGAUGCGGGGGAGGGACUGGGGGACUCACUCAGACUCAGCCGUCUCAGGCACAUUGACUGUAACAGGGCUGAAAUCAGAGGGAGGCUCCCUUGUGAAACUUGGCCACAAGUUCACCUCCCACCUGGCCAGUGAAGCUCCAGAUGCCCUGUCCCAGUAGCACAGCUCCUGCCUUCAGGCCCCCCACCACACCAGUAGAAUCAGCAGCCAGUCAACACUUUCCUCAGGGGACACGCACUCCUUCACAGCCCAGCAAAACACCCAGGAUGACAAUGCGCACACACUCUCCCCUAUGCUACUUUUCCUACAAGACGACAGGACUUUGAUAAGUGCCUGUAUCUAAAAACCCGCAGCCCUGGAGUGACGAGGAAGAGAGCAAAGACGGGAGAGUGUGAGGGGAGGACGACUGCAGUCUGGCAGAUACUUAAAAAUCAAGAAGACAAAAAGGAAGUGUGUCUUGAAGACUGAAGAGUGGGGCUGUCGGUGUAGUCUGACUGACUGACUGACUUUAACCUGGCCCACUCCACUCAGGGAAGCCUAUUGCUGUAUGUUUAUCGGAUUCAUGCACGCAAACACACUCUAGAGAAAAAAAAACAGCCAACAAUGAAUGGGACUUGGGAGGGGGGCUGUGGACACUUAAGAGUGUUCACAAUGACGCAAGGCCAUACACACACACACACACACACACACAUACACACACAAACUCGCACUCGUGCAUACACGGACUUGGACUCUCUGGCACACUGUUUUCUCAGAGCUUAUGACUUUUGUAUAACCUUCCUUCUGUCUCUCUCCUGUUCCUGCCCCUGUUUCUAUUGCGGGACCACCUGUGGAAAGAUCCUUACUCCACUCACAGAAAUAACAGGAGAUGGAGAAGAGAAGAGUGAAGAAGGAAGCAGAUUGGGGGAGGGGGUAUUUGAGGGGUGGUGGUGGGGGUGGAAAUGGGGUUCCAGUAACUUUUUAACUAACCUUCUCACCUCACCUAACACGGCUUGUACACUGAAAAUAGUUUCCCUCGAGUCCCAGCAGCACAGAAUCCUAGUUCACCAGCUGAAGCUCCUCUAACAAUCAUAGAUAGUGUUAAACUAAACCAGCAAAGACACACACAUAUAUGUACGACACUGCCUUUAGCUCUUAAACACACUCCCUCUGUCUCUCUCUCAGUCUGGACCUCCUUGUAGUGGCAUCAUCCUCAGGCCCUAAGAGUGUGUGACUGUCGGGCCUGUUGACUACACGAGUGUGAGAGCCUGGGAGAGCAGGGAGCACACACAUACACACACACACACACACACACACUCACACACUGCCUCUCUAUGCCUUGUUUUUAUAGCAUGUACAAAAGUGCAAACUGAGCUCUAAUAACACACAUGCAGACUCUAUCUUUAUAUAUUCUAAAUGAAAUUAUUAAAGAAAAAGUGAGAUUUUGAAAGAACCAUAGCAUUUUAAUUAUAUGAUUGCGUCAGGAUUUUAUUUUUUUUUAAAAAGUGGAUUACGUCAGGUGGUCCGGCGUGCCACUUUUUCGGUAAUAUAGUGCUGAGGGCUGGUAGGCAGAACAAGGAGGGGUUGAGGGGAGGGAUUUGGGUUGUGGGGGGGGGUCCAGGGGUUUUCUUGUACAUUUGUUUCAUAGUCCAAACAAACAAGCCAGAGAAAAACAGCAUAGGCCAGUCUACCAGCACAGGGGGACAGACUGCUAAUGAUUCAGAUGUGUGGCUCACUCUGCUGCUCUUUGAGCGCCCAGCACUGCUCCUCUCCUGUCUGUACAGUCUCAGCUACAGCUCACUGGGGUUCUCCCCAGCUUGAGCUUGUCCUGGCCCUCAGGCCGCCUCUCCAGGUCCUCUAUAUGUGAGUGUGUGUGUGUGUGAAUGUGUGAUAGCUCAAGGGUCAUUAGUGAAGUAGUAAUCCAGUCUCUUCUCUUAAGGCCAGUUAGCAUAAUACUCCAAAGUUCACAGCAGCUCUGGUUUAGGUCAGGGGAGAGAGAGAGAGGGAGGGAGGGGGGUUAAGAGGUUAAUCAUUAUUAUGAGAUAGACAGAAAAAGUCAGACACGUGAUGCCCUGUCCUGAAACAACCUCUCUUCCAACUAUGCAUACACACACACACAAAUGAUCGUGCUUGUGAUCAUGUCUUCACAUCCUGGAGCUUUUCGUCUCUGUGCGAGGUCACCCGGGCGUCUGAUUGGUCUGACUGAGCUGUGUUGACGAGAGAGAGAGAGAGAGAGAGGGAAGGGCCUAUCCCUGCCCGGGCUGGGCUGGCGACAAAGAUGGAUCUAUAGCAGCGAGCUGUGAGAUAGAUGGCCUCCAGGCGGUCUGUGUAGCUGAGCUGAUCGAAUUUCCUCAUCAGACCCCUGUGGUCUGGACUGGAGCAUGUCACAACACACACACACACACACACACACACACUCACUCACAUUCUCACUCACCCCUCACCGCCACCAAGUCCUGUGUCUGUAUUUGAACUGACAGCUGCCUUAUUACUACUUUUCAUAUCUCAGCAACAGAUGAGACAUCGGUCUACCUGCUCUGCACUCUCUUUCUCUCUCCUCUUUCUGUUUCGUUUUUUUCUGUUGCAGGGCCGUCGUCUGACUUCCUGGUAACCGCGGCGUGAUCUGACUCAGUCGUGGUAGCGCAGGGUAAAAAGAUUGAUUGGAGUCUGAUUGUGACACAGGCUCUCUCUCGACCUCUAAACAGAGAACAGCAGACAAAACAGCACAAAGAUGACAUUUCUCUAUCAAAAGAAUAAAGGUUUCUCAGUUUAUUUUUCUGAUGUCGAUAUUGCUAUUGAUUAGUGUUGUUGUUAUUAUUGUUCUCAUUGGGUUAUUUACCUCUCCACCUGGCAUUAUUAUUAUUCCACGGUUCUGUUAGCUGUUGCUUUUUAUGUUGUGUACAUCACUUUGGAUGAUGUGGAACCCCCUUCCCAAGACUACCCCCCCACCCCCACCCCCGAAAUCUUUUUCCUGUCUUUAAUUUUUACAAAUGUAAUAUAACUAAAAUGUGUAAUUAUUAAUUUUGAUGCUGACAGAGAAAUAACAUCGGGGACUGAGAGGGAAGAGCAGUGUCGGAGGAUUUUAUUUAGGGGCAGAGGGGGAGUGAUUUUACCUUUUUUGUCAUGUAUUGUAAUUUUUAUUUUAUAAUGUUACUUUUUUCUCUCUCUGUCUCUCUCUCUCUGGCGCUCUUGUAUAUUUUUUCAUUUUUGGGGGGGGAGGGCAGGGGUUGUAUCAUUUUAAAGGAAGAAAAAAGAUGUGUAUUGUUUUACUGUGUAAAGGUCUAUCUUCUCCCUCUUUCAGUCUCUUCUCCUUUCGCCUCGUCUCCCCCCGAGCAGUUACAUAACACUCAGAUGGAGAGAUGAGAGUUAAUACCAUGAUGUAACAUUGAAUUUCUCCACUUCUUUCGUGUUUUGUUUUUUUUUCCAAACUUGUAAUUAAGCUGUAAUCAGGGUUAAUUAAAACCGGUUAAAACCCAA